GUGGUGCACGUGCUCUCUGAUUUGUCCCGGCCACAAGUAGCGCGAUCGGAGCGGUCCGGCGAUGUUGCGUUGUUGUGGCGGUGGCGACGAGCGCUGCCGUUGAAGGCGGGUCUGCUACGCGUGUUCGCGCGGCGACGCGGCCGUGUCUGUGUGCGUGUUCGGUGCGGUGGCGUGUGUGCGGGCACGAUGCCGCAUGGCAGCGGCGGAGACGACUUGGCCUCCUCGGACGAGAUCAAAGUGUUUAAAGAUGAAGGCGAAGAGGAGAAGCGCUCCUCGGAGAACUUGACGGACCUCAAGUCCAGCCUGGUAACUGAAGGCGAGGAGGUAAGUGCCGCCGUCGCCGCUGCCAGGACCUCGGCUUGCCUCGCCGCGUCGUGCCACGCUGACUUUGGAGUAUCUCGGCUGCAGCAAGACGCGUCGACCGCGAGGGGCCUGACGCCGACCUCGGGUUUGUGCCGGUUUUUGCAGGAGAAGAUAGUGGGCCUACCCGGGCAAGCGACCUCCGGCUACGCUUCGCCGAAGCCCACGCGGUCGGACGCCUUCGGUUCACUAUUCGGAAAAUCUUCGUUCGAACCCAUUCCGGGGCCCUUUGGAUAUGUCGUUCCUCCCUACCACAACGGAGCCCUCGGCGCCGCCGUGUCAAUGGCGAGCAAGGGUCCGAUGGUGGCUUCGCCCCAUCCGGGAUCGCCGCUCAACUUCAUGGUCUACAACGAGCCCUUCUCGCAGCCACCGCCCGCGCACAUGGGCAUCCCGCCGGUCCACAUCGAUCCCAAGACGGGUAUCCCGAGGCCGUCCGUGUACCCGCUCACCUCGCCGGGCCAAUACACGCAUAGCAUGUUUUCCCAGGAGUUUGCGCAACAACUGCACUGGCACUCGGCAGCUGCUGGCAUGUACCCAAUGCCCCCGAUGGCUUCCGGGGGCUUCAGGGGAGGCAGUAGCUAUGCGCCGCCUUUGCCCAGGAUCAACCCUCCUCUAUUGCCUCCAAGUAUCAUGCCACACGGCCUGCACCCGGCUCUAGUCACUCCGGGCCCUAAACAAGAACUCUCCUCCCCUCUCCCCGACACAAGUGUGGCCCCUGCAUUUCCCAGGCACCCACUGGCCAUGUACCACCCACUGGACUCCAAGUGCAACCAGGGUCGGCCGAGCUCCCGUGGCGACCUGGUGAAUGGCAUGUCGGGUCUCAAUGGCCAUGGUGGCGGGCCACCUCCCAGCCAGCCAUCAGGCCACCCACCUAGCAAUGGCAGCAGCAGCAGCAGCCAACCGCACCAGCCACAGCAGCAGCAGCAUAAUGGCACAGAGAAGAAGCCCCAAAAGCCGACUAACCAUGUCAAGAAGCCCCUCAAUGCCUUCAUGCUGUACAUGAAGGAAAUGCGUGCCAAGGUAGUCGCUGAGUGCACCCUCAAGGAGAGUGCAGCCAUCAACCAGAUUCUUGGGAGAAGGUGGCACAGCCUUUCCCGAGAGGAGCAAUCCAAGUACUAUGAGAUGGCACGCAAGGAGCGGCAGAUUCACAUGCAGCUUUACCCAGGUUGGACGGCGAGGGACAAUUAUGCUAUCAACAGCAAAAAGAAGAAACGCAAGAAGGACAAGAGUCAGGAUGGAGAUCUAAACAAUCCCAAGAAGUGCAGAGCAAGGUAUGGCUUGGACCAGCAGAGUGACUGGUGCAAACCGUGUCGCCGAAAGAAGAAAUGCAUCAGAUACCAAGAGGGGCUCGAUGGCAAUGCAAAUGAGAGCGAAGACAACAUAGGUUCGGUGGAGGCCCCUACGCCCGAGUCACACACAAGCCAUGGGGGCGGUGAUACGACCACCACAACAAGCACCGGCAGCCCCUGCACCAGCCUGGGAACCCCUGAGCCAAGCCCAGGGCCACCCGUGCGACGUGCCGACUGCUACAGCCUCAACAAGCACCACCCUCUCAGUGUGCACCACCUGACUGGCCAGCCACUCGUCAAGAGGGAGCCUGAUGACCCUGUUGACAUACUGACACCUCCAUCCACAGAUUCCUCCACCACCCCAUCUUCCUUGCCUCUACUGACGGUCACGUAGCAAGAGCUGCCAGUGGGGCCUUGUUUUGUGCCCCGAGGACAGUGCACCGGCUGGGUGGCUCCCUACUUGCACAUGUGCACAGGACUCCUCCUCUACUCCUCGCAGACUCUUUGAGAGCACUUGCAGACAGUGAACUGACUGGUGUAAUGAGAGUCUUGGAGGGGGGUGUCUGCAACUGAACAGUGCUGAUGACUGAGAUACCCGUUGACGGCAGGUUGUGUCACGUGUACAUCCAAGAGCUCUCGAGUUGCUUAGCUUGCAGUCACCGUAGCAGUAGGAAUGAAAUCUUGUGCUGCGAAGGUGCAUUGGUACAUAGACACUCGCCAUUGGCCUUGUGAUGUCUCUGCCCUCACUGACUUGAACCCGAUUUAUGAUCCUUACUUGUUCACUGUGUGGCAUUAUGUCACAAUGACCAGGAGGCCACUUCACUGUGCCCACAUUGGUGCAAAAGUAGUGCCGUUAGGGCAGGCUAUGAAGGGUCCUUUCCCUUUGACUGUGGAAUCGUAUAAAUGCACUAUACAAGAUUAAGAUGGCACAUGAAAGGCGCCCUUGUGUGCCCUCUGUGGGACUUGCUUGAGGAUACGCAGCGAGCAGUCUUCGGAAGAGGUAGCAAGUGGCUGUGGUCAUCGUGAAGGCAUGGGCGCAUAAAGUUGAGGAGCAGAAUCUUUUUGCUGCCUUGACAUUUGACAGAAACUAUCAUUUCUGUGAUGACAAGUGUCUGAGCCAAAGCUUCUGAUGCGUGAGAAAACAAGUACAGUCGAACCCGGAUAUAUCAAAUCUAAAGGGGAUCACAAAAAAGUUCGAUAUAAAGGUAAUUUGAUAUAUAAAAUUCUAUACAAACAUUUUCAAGGGGAUUUUACUGCUGCUCAUUAUACGCAAUAAUUCGUUAUAUGUGGGUUCGAAAUAUCCGGGUUCGGCUGUAUUAGUGUGCUGUUGAAAUGAUAGCUGCUGGUGGUCACCAAUAACAUUUGGCUAUGAGUCUCCUGCUAGAAAAUUGUUUUUCUUGAGCUACUACACUGUUAAAUGGGGUUUUUGCCUAUCUGAGUGGCUACUUGCUGCCUUGGCUGCUAAACAUUUAAUAACUUCUCAGUUUCCAGUCACACUGCUGCGCAGCAGGGAUUGAGCGAUUUGAUGAGGGAACUAGUAUGUGAAAACUGUGUUUUCCAAACUGUAAAGGUUUGCAGAAAAUGGGAGUCUCCUAAAAAUUUUAAUUUUCAUUCACCUGUGCCACACAGGCUACGAAUUCAAAAGUACAGUGUGGUGGUUGCACAUAAAAGCAUAGGUGGUGCCUUUCAACUUCAGUAGGUGUGCAUUAGUCACAAGGAUACCUUUUCUUUUUCACAGCUGUUGUGUUUAUGUUUCAUAAACGUUAGUGUUCAUUAAUACAUGGUAGACUCCUGUUAAAUUGGAUUUUUAACUUAAUUUCAUCAUGUAACAAGGCCUGACCAACAACUAUGCAUUUUCACAUAUUUCUUUUACUAUGUUCAUAUUUAUUAUUUUGUCAGACUUCUUGGUCCCACUGAGAUUAAAUAUAUAGAAGUUGACUGGUGUGUGAUAAGCUAAGCUGUAGCCUACAUCCAUGUUGAUGGUAAAGCUUUGUGCUACCACUGGAACCAUUUCCAAUUACAGUAUCGAGGAUCAUGGCCUACAAGGGCUCAUAUUUUUUUUUUUAAUAUUGAUUCAGCAAAUAGAAAAAAAAAAUAUCGUCCCAUAUUUGCUGCUUAAUUUGCAAGCUCUGAAAGUGAUAUCAAGCAAGUUAUUUGGGCCAAAAAAGAAAUGCUUUGUAUUAAGUGGUCAUCUGAGAUUUCUGGGUUUCUCUGUGAAAUAUUUCAUAUUAAAAUUGUUCAUAGUACUCCCAAAUAUAAACAGCUGUGCCUUGUACACGAAACAACCAUGAUUGACCCAUUUGUACACGGGCUAUCUGUGACAUCAUGUAUAGUGUGUUUAUAGGAUUUGUACUGUUACCAAAAAAGAAGAAGAGGCAUAGAUGUGCCCAUAUGUGCAGUGGGCAGCUAAUGGCUCACAUUUAAAUCUGGCCUCGCACUACUGGACAUGUGAGGAAUGCUUUUACGGGUGUUGUAUGCGUUGUUGGAAGGGAAAUGGGGCUGCCCCGCAAGCUGUGUGUCAUACAUGGGCAGAUGCAAGAGAACAAAGGGAGGAAGGCGAGUAAUGAGGGUUCGAGAAUCCCAAUGGCUGUGCAUUUUAAUCGAUAGCAUCCAACCUCAAGAAACUGUGUCAUCACCUAGAGAGAACUGCUAGCAGCAGGAGGCCGUCUUACCCUGUAGUGGUAGCUGCUCGCUGUUGGGCUGUGUUUGCUGUGCCACCUGCUGCCUCUCCCGUGGCCUGCUGUAGAGAGAGACGUUCCAGUGUGAAUCCCUCUCCCCCUUCCUUGUAAAUAACUCCUACACGAGACGGACAGGACGCAGGGAGCUGGAUAUACUCCCGCCUGUACAGUGAUCAACAUUGCGACUUCUGCCUGUCUUGUUUACUCAUAUGCCAUGCCAGAGAGAGAAGCGUAACGAUAUGUGCCAACAUUGGGGGGAGGGGGUUUUGUUUCGUACUACUACACAAAUGCAGUAUUCUUUCCCUUCCCCGCACCUUGAGAUGAAGAGAAAGUGUUAGCGGGGCCAUGUACAUAUUAUAUCCUUGUCACUGUGAAGGCUCUUCAAUAUAAUUGUGCAGUUUUCUUUCAACUCUCCAGUCUCGUCUCAACGCGUCAAGAGUCAGCAUAGUGUUAAAACUGUCUGGAACAGAAUCAUUUUUUCCUUGCCAACCUCAUUGUAAACAGUCACCUUCACCUGUUUUUGAUCUCAGCUGUGAGGCGAGAGAUGUUUGCAAGUUCAUGCUCAGAGAAAGGUAAACUUGGAGAAGGCUGCAUUCUUGUACCAAAAAUAUAUAUAUUUUUCUUCACUUGUGACAGUUUGUGUCAUUGGUUUUGUAUUUUCAAGGAUCAGUGUGGGUAGUAAGCUGUGUCACAGUGCCUUCUAUUCUUUGUUGAUUUGUUGUUUCUUUUUUUUUCUUUUACACUCAUUCAUUUUAGUGGCAUGUUUACAAGCUUUUAAUUUAUGUGUUAAUGAGUGUUGCCAAGUGGCAUUUUAUUGAGCAUGCCUAUGAAAUGUAGGUACCGUGUGACAGGGCCUUGGACCCUCAACGCUUUUAAAACUGCUUUUAAAAAGACAAACCGAGCAAAUGACCAUGUGCGCGCCAUUGUAGCUUGAACGUAUCACAAUGAAAUCGUGAAAUUAUGUUUCAUUCCUGUUAAGUGACAAAUCCUAAUUGGUACACUGCGUUGGUAGCAUGUGUGUAAAAUAAGGAUAUAUGUAUGUUCGUACUAAUGAUUUAACCGUCUGCUUCGUGUAACCAUGGUGCUGCGAUAGGCACACAAAUAAGACAUUUUGAACAACAGUUAGACAGGAGGGUUGUUGUGUCAAGAAAAGAGCAGACUGUGCGAUAGACAGUUUCUUAUUCUGGGGGGUAAUUAGCAUUUGAUGUGUAUUCUAUAAGUUCUUCACUUUUCAUACACAGGUAACGUUAAUGGUGCAAUUCACCUAGUAGUCUGUUGACACUGACUGGUGGACAGCAAAUUUUAUGUCAAGGUUAUGUGCACGCUGUGUGGAAAUUUUGCUUACAAAUUUCUGCCCUUUGCUAAGAAAGCAUGUGUAACAUGGGCUGACAGACCAAUUUACUUUUGGGAUGGAAACUGACUUUAUGAUGUUGUUGUUUGAAAUUAAGAGGUAGAAAUGGGAAUCUGCUUCACUUUGGCACCCUUUAGCAUCAAUAUUUGUACAUCAUUAAAAUGUACAGGUCAUGGAGCAUAGAAGUGUCAAACAAAAAGCUUGUGCUUGCACAAGCCGAGCUUGUAAUUUUGUCCGGCUCUCACUAAAGGGCACAAUGUUAUUAUCCCUCAUACAGGUAGAAAAUGAGCAAAAAGGAAAUAAUCUUAAGUAGUUUAACACCAUUAUUUGCUGGCUUACAACCAUAGUGACAGAUUGAUAGAUUUUUUUUGUUCUGCUGCAUCUCCAGUGAUGCAUGGUGAUUGGGCCACAAGUUUGAAGACGCAUUGUUUUCUCAGUGAAAUCAAAAAAAUAAAAGGCACACAUCGGUCUUGCAUUUUCGCUAAUUUGCAUUGUGCAAUCAAAGCGCAAAUGUUCUGUGUGCCUGCAUAAUAACAUAUACCUGUAUCUAGAUUUUGUCUCCAUAAAUGGAAUAAAAUCUUCUGAAUGAAUAGGAACCAUGCUUUUUUUUUAUUUAGCUUGGUUUUAUGUUUUUUCAUGUUUUGUACCAGUAAAUUAAUAAUAGUGUUUGGGGGGAAAGUGCUUUUAGGUUUUAUGUGUUUACACGAUUGAACGAUUGAGUCAUUUUUAGCAUUGAUGUGCAUGCAAGAGCUUGCUGUUUCUUAGUGUUGCAACAUGUCUGAGCAUUUCUUGGUAAGUUUGAGAUGUCUUGUGUGGUUGUUACAUCACCCAUCAGCUGUCCAGUCUAAAAAUCAAAACUUUUCUUUAGAGACACUGCUGUCAGAAGUGAUGCGCUCUUACUUUGUUGUUCCUAGUAGGGCAGACACAGGAGUGCAUGUUUGCAUUUUAGCUAUGUGCAAUGAAUCCUGCCCGAGGUCACGUGCAUUAGGUGUAAUUUUUUUUUCCUUUCAAAACAAAGAAAUAGAUUGAGAAAGAACUGUAACCACUAUGCCUACUAUUUCUCAUUUGUUUCUAGAGGUUGUGUGCAAUUUUUGAGAAAAAUGGAAUGUGUACUUGCACAUGUUGUCAUGAUCACAAGUCUGUCUGUUGCAUAUCCCAUUUUCAAAGAUUGAUGUGUUCACUUUGAUGCUAUAUGUUUGUAUCAACUGUUGUCUUUUUUUUUUUUCCUUUUUUUUUUUCCUUUUUAAAGUGUACCAUGAGUGGGCAGCUUUGGAAUAUGAGAGAACUGAGCAGAUAGGUUUGCAGAUGUAAUGAAAAAGAUUGUUGCAUUUUUCAUUGAGUUCAUGGCUGGAGGAGUGCUGUAAUGAUUAAAAACAAAUGAAACAA